GUGCCAAAUAUCAAGACACAAAAACAAGAUAGCUCAACAUGGCAUCUAUCUCAUCCUCACCUCUCUCACUGUCCUUCAAUGUCUCUUUCAAUUUCAAUACAUCGUCCUCUUUACUAUAUCCAUUAUCCCAAAAACAACACCAACCUUCUAAAAAUAGAAAACCAAAGUACCAUCAAAUAUCAUGCACUUCCAAUGAUACUAACCAAAAUAGCCCUAAAGAACAAGAACAAAAACCAUCACCUAGAAGAAAUGUUCUAAUAGGUAUAGGAGGACUUUAUGGUGCUACCACUCUCACAAACAACAACUCAUUAGCCUUUGGUGCUCCAGUGCCAAUUCCAGAUCUCACCGCAUGUAAAGUUCCAACACAUUUACCAGAAAAUUUACCUCAAAUCAGUUGUUGUCCACCAUUUUCAACAGACAUCAUAGAUUUUAAGUUCCCUACUUUUAAAAAAUUAAGGGUAAGACCAGCUGCACAAUUAGUUAAUGAUGAUAAUUUUGCAAAAUACAAUAAAGCCCUUGAACUAAUGAAAGCCCUACCAGAUGAUGAUCCAAGAAGUUUUACCCAACAAGCUAACAUUCAUUGUGCUUAUUGUGUUGGUGGUUAUACACAAGAAGGGUACCCUGGCCUUGAACUAAGUGUUCAUAAGUCUUGGCUAUUUUUGCCUUUCCAUCGUUGGUAUCUUUAUUUUUAUGAGAGAAUCUUAGGUAGUUUAAUCAAUGAUCCUACUUUUGCCAUACCCUUUUGGAAUUUUGAUGCUCCUGAUGGCAUGCAAAUUCCUUCCAUUUAUACAAAACCAAAUUCUUCCCUUUAUGACUGUAAAAGAGAUCCCAAACAUCAACCACCAACACUCAUUGACCUAGCGUUUAACAGAAACAACCCUAAUCCUAAUCCCAGUGUAGAAACCAACCUUUCUACAAUGUAUAAUACAAUGUUCUCCAAUGGCGCGACCAGUAUACAAUUUCAUGGAAGCCCUUAUCGCGCCGGCGACCAACCUGACCCAGGUGCCGGCUCAAUAGAAAAUAGUCCACAUAAUCCUAUUCAUGUAUGGUGUGGUGAUCCAGGACAGCCUAAUAGAGAGGACAUGGGACAUUUCUAUUCCUCCGGAAGAGAUCCACUUUUUUAUGCUCUCCAUGCAAAUGUGGAUAGGUUGUGGUCUAUUUGGAAAACAUUAGGUGGAAAAAGAAAGGAUCCCAAUGAUGAUGAUUGGUUAGAGACUUCAUUUCUCUUUUAUGAUGAAAAUAAGAAUCUUGUUAAAGUGAAAGUCAAGGAUGGUCUUGAUGAAAGAAAGCUAGGUUAUUGUUAUCAAGAUGUUGACAUUCCUUGGAUAAAUUCUAAACCUAAACCUGCUAGUAGAAGAGUUCAGUCUAAGGGUAAGUUGUUAACACCGAGAAAAUUUGUUGAUAAGUUUCCUAUUGUUUUGGAUUCGGUUGUGAGUACUAUCGUGAAGAGGCCACAGAAGUCGAGGAGUUCGAAGGAGAAAGAAGAUGAAGAGGAGAUUUUGGUGAUAGAUGGGAUCGAGUUUGAUAGCAACAUUGAAGUGAAGUUUGAUGUUAUUGUGAAUGAUGAAGAUGAUAAGGUGAUUGGAGUUGGAAAUACCGAGUUUGCUGGAACCUUUGUGAGUUUGCUUCAUGGACAUAAUCACGAAAACAAUAAGAAGGAGAAGAAGAAGAAUACUGUUACUUGUUUGAGACUUGGAUUAACCAAUUUGUUGGAAGAUUUGAAAGCCGAUGAUGAUGAUAGUAUUGUGGUUACAUUGAUUCCUAGAUAUGGGGAUGGUGUCAAAAUUAGUGGCAUCAAGAUAGAAUUUGAAAAUUGAAAAAAUUGUUAGUUUCCUUUAUCAUCUUUUGUUUUCUUGUCAAAUAAAUGGUGCAAUUCCAUUCUCAAGUUG